AUGCGCCAGAACCACCUACGAUAUUGGACUCUCUACAAGUAUAGUACAGAACGUCUAACGGCCAUUAUUUCCAGGAUCAAUGAGGAAGUCAUCAUCCGCUUAAAAUGGGGACAAACAGAAUACAAGGGCCGCCUCAUCAGCGUCGACUCGUACAUGAACAUCCAGCUCUCUAACACAGAGGAGUAUAUCGACAGGAAGCACACCGGGACUUUGGGCCAAGUUCUUAUCAGAUGCAACAAUGUUCUGUGGAUCUCUGCUGCGAAGGGCGUCGAGAUGAACGGAGAAGGGCCCGACACCAAGAUGGAGGACUAG